AUGGCACCGAGGUCAUCAAGCAAAGGGAAAUCAAACAGAGGGAGAGAGAAGAAGAAGAAGAGAGAAGAGAAAGUGUUGGUGCCGAGUCUGGUUGAUAUAACAGUCACGACUCCUUACGAAACACAAGUGAUACUCAAAGGAGUCUCUACCGACAAAAUCAUUGACGUGAAAAGGCUUUUGGCAUCUCACGUUGACACAUGCCAUCUCACCAACUAUUCUCUCUCGCAUCAAGUGAAAGGGCAUAGAUUGAGUGAUAACGUCCAAGUGGUUACCCUCAAGCCUUGUGUCCUCCGUAUGAUUCCACAGGACUACGUGGAGGAAAGUCAAGCUUUGACUCAGGUGCGGAGAGUCCUAGACAUCGUAGCGUGCACAACAAGGUUCUUCCCCUCCCCCGCCUCCAAAUCGUCUUCCAACAACAAAUCAGCCGCCGUCAUCAAUGGCAACACCGCGCCGCCUGAGGAGGAGCUGGACAUGGCAGCUAUCCACCCGACGCCCAAGCUCUCUCAAUUUCACGAGUUUUUCUCCAUUCCCAACGUCUCUCCUCCCAUUCUUCAGUUGAAGAAAGUUGAUGGCGAAGAAGCUAGAGAGAGGCGUGACGGCGACUAUUUUGAACUUAAGGUGAGGAUAUGCAAUGGGAAGGUUAUACAUGUGGUUGCAUCGGUUAAAGGUUUCUUUGCCGUUGGGAAGCAGCUCUCACAUACUCACUCCAUUGUUGAUUUGCUUCAGAAUGUCAGCAAUGCUUUUGCUAAGGCAUACGAGUCCCUGAUGAAAGCUUUCACUGACCGAAACAAGUUUGGCAACCUACCGUAUGGGUUACGCACAAACACAUGGCUUGUUCCCCAUGAGUCUUUAUCAACCUUCUCUCCUUUACCAGCAGAGGAUGAGAGCUGGGGAGGGAACGGUGGAGGCCAGGGGAGAGACGGUGAACAUGAUCUUCUUCGUCCCUGGGCGGCUGAGUUCUCUGUAUUAGCUAAGCUUCCGUGCAAGACUGAGGAGGAGAGGGUUGUUCGAGAUAAGAAAGCUUUUCUGCUUCACAACCUGUUUAUCGAUGUCUCUGUUCAAAGAGCUGUUAGAGCCAUUUCCGACGUGAUUGCUACUAAUCGACGCACAAGUGGAACUAGCGACGGCUCCAUCCUUCUUGAGGAUCGGGUUGGAGAUUUGUCUAUCAUUGUAAAACGUGAUCUUGCCAGUCUUGAUGACCAAAAGGCUGAAGGUGCAUUUCCUUUAUCAUCCAAGGAACUUAGUGAAAGGAAUCUGCUAAAAGGGAUAACAGCUGAUGAGAGUGUCAUUGUUCACGAUACUCCGGCUUUAAGCACAGUUAUUGUAAGACACUGUGGAUAUACAGCGGUGGUAAAUGUCAAGGGUGAAACUAAGAAGAGAAUGACUGAGAUCCGUGAUAUUGUGAUCGAUGACCUACCUGAUGGAGGAGCUAAUGCUCUUAACCUCAACAGCUUAAGGAUUCAGCUUCACAGGUCCCAUAGUGCCGGAAAAUCUGGAGGAAACCAGCCUCCUCCACAGUGUGAGUCGGAUGAUUUAGAGUCUUUUAGAUGUGUUGUACAUGAACAAGUUAAACAUUACCUAACGAAGUUAGAAGAAGAAAGUGCAUCUUCCGAAAGGCCCAUCAGAUGGGAGCUCGGUUCUUGCUGGGUUCAGCAUCUACAAAAGAAAGAAACAGUAACGGAAGACGUCAGUGGGAAGCCUGCAACGAAUGGUGAGACUGACCUUUCAGUCAAAGGUUUGGGGAAACAACUUAAAGUUCUAAAGAUCAAAAAUAAUAAUAAGAAAUCAGAAAAUACCAGUCUAAGCGGGUUAGAUGGGGAGGCUGAUCAUCUACAGCAGAAUCUACACUUUGAUCAUGAACUGAAGGAACUGCUUUCUGAAGAGGCUUUCUCUCGCCUUAAAGAAAGUGGAACUGGUCUCCAUUUAAAGUCAAAAGAAGAGCUUACCAAGAUGGUAUAUGGAUACUAUGAUGAAAUUGCUUUGCCAAGGCUGGUAGCAGAUUUUGGGUCCCUGGAGCUUUCUCCAGUUGAUGGCCGCACAAUGACAGACUUCAUGCAUAUUAGAGGACUCCAAAUGCGUUCUCUAGGACACGUGGCUAAACUUGCUGAGGACCUUCCUCAUAUACAGUCCCUCUGUAUUCAUGAGAUGAUUACUAGAACUUUCAAGCAUCUUCUUAGGGCGGUUAUUGCAUCUGUGAACGAUAUGGCAGAGCUACCCGUGGCUAUAGCUGCUUCAUUAAAUUUCAUGCUUGGCGAUGGAAUCUCCAGUGAAGAGUCUUGUCUCAGAUUACAGUGGCUGCAGAAAUUUAUCUCCACUAAAUUUGGUUGGAUACAGAAAGAUGAGUUCAAGCAUUUGAAUAAAGUUUCCAUUCUCCGAGGGCUUAGCCAGAAGGUUGGAUUAGAACUAGUUCCAAGAGAUUAUGACUUCGAUUCUCUAAAUCCCUUUAAGAGCUCUGACGUUUUUGGCUUGAUACCUGUGUGCAAGCAUGUGCUAUGUGUUUCAUCUGACGGAAGGACACUCUUGGAGUCAUCAAAACUGGCUCUUGACAAAGGAAAACUAGAUGAUGCUGUCAACUAUGGAACAAAGGCAUUAGCCAAGAUGAUUGCUGUCUGUGGACCUUAUCAUAAAAACACUGCUUGUGCGUACAGCCUUCUAGCUGUUGUACUGUACCACACUGGCGAUUUUAACCAGGCAACAAUAUAUCAGCAGAAGGCUCUGGAUAUAAAUGAGAAAGAACUUGGUCUCGAUCAUCCCGACACUAUGAAAAGCUAUGGGGAUCUUUCUGUAUUUUAUUAUCGUCUUCAGCACAUUGAAUUGGCACUAAAAUAUGUGAACCGUGCUUUGUUUCUUCUUCAUUUCACUUGUGGGCUAUCUCACCCCAAUACUGCCGCCACAUAUAUUAAUGUGGCUAUGAUGGAAGAAGGAGUGGGAAACGUUAAUGUAGCUCUAAGAUACCUACACGAAGCUCUAAAGUGCAAUAAAAGAUUGCUCGGAGCUGACCAUAUUCAGACAGCAGCAAGCUAUCAUGCAAUAGCUGUGGCUCUCUCUCUCAUGGAAGCAUAUUCCUUGAGUGUGCAUCAUGAACAGACUACACUUCAGAUCCUUACAAAAAAACUUGGAUCAGAUGACCCUCGUACACAGGAUGCUGCUGCAUGGCUAGAAUAUUUUGAGUCAAGAGCCAUAGAGCAGCAGGAAGCAGCCAGAAAUGGAAUCCCAAAGCCUGAUGCUUCCAUAGCGAGCAAAGGCCACCUUAGUGUAGAAGAUCUCAUGGACUAUAUAAGUUCUGAUCCAGACACUAAAGGAAGUGUUGUUCACAGAAAACAGCGGCGUCUCACUGUUUCCACGGUCAAUGAUAGUGUUGCAUCAGCAGAUGAUGCUUCCGACUCCGUUGCUUCACAGCAUGGCAUGGCUACAUUGAACGACGUGGUAGAAACAAAUGUCAAUGAGAGUAGGAACGAAGUAAAUGAUCCUAACGCAGCUGUGGAUGAGGUCGACAUAGAGACAGAUGAUGUACACAGACUAAAUGUAGACAACCAAACUGUGGAAGAGUCGGCUGUAGAUGAGGGCUGGCAAGAGGCCUACUCAAAGGGGAGAUCCGGAAAUGGUGCUGGAAAGAAAUUUAGACAAAGGCAGCCUCAUCAGAGAGUGACGUCGCUUAAUAGAAAUCUGAAUGGGAGACAGGAUGUUCAUCAACAGUAUAUAUCUUCUCCCUUGCAGAAAACGGCUCCAAGACCCUCCCUCUCUAAGUCAUCAUCUCUCAGGGCUCUGAAGAAGACAGAGAUAGAUGCGAGUACAAAUUCAAUUAAGCCACAACUAAAGUCUCCUGGUUCUGCUGCGGUUACCACCAGUACUACUUUGGUUUCAAAGUCUCUCUCAUACAAAGAGGUUGCUCUGGCACCACCAGGUACCGUUCUGAAGCCGAUGUUAGAACAAUUAGAACUGAAUUUGGAAAGAACUGAAACUCAGAUAUACAGGAUCUCAUCAAGUUCAUCGACUGGAGAAGAAAGCAAGUCUGAUUCUGUAAUGUUUGAUUUGCCAGUGGAGGAGGGCACAGAGGUUCCUUGUGAAAAACAAGAAUCAGAAGAAAGUGUUGUUGAGUCAAUAGAAAAUCUAACGUCAGAGUCUGAAGGGAAUCUAGGAGGGUCCUGUCGUGAGCAAAAGGCUUCUGAUAUUAUCAGCAGGAGAAAGCUGUCAGCCGCCGCAGAGCCUUACAACCCUGGAGGUUUCUUGGUCACUGAUCCGCAUAGUCUGGUUGCAGAAUCUAUUUCCGGAACUUCACCACCAUAUUAUGGUGUUACUUACUCAAAUGGAAUUGGGACGCCAAAAACCAUGAAUCCGGAUGCACCAGAGUUUAUUCCGAGGAGAUCCGUGCUGAAUAGCUCUCAACAUGCGAGUGUAUCCGCUGACUCCAGCAGUAGCCAAGGGGCUGAGAAAAACGCAGCUGUUUUGAAGAAGGAAGAGCUGGCGAGACAGAUCCUACUUAGCUUCAUGGUAAAUUCAUCCCACAAGGAGGUUGUGGCUGCUCGGAAGAAGGUAAGCAAGCCUAAAGAUGAGUUAGAAGAUACCUCUGUAAAGGAUAGUACAGUAACAGAGAUAGUCUACGGAAGAGAAGAGGACAGUGCUGCGAAGGAAAGUGAGACGGAUGGAGGUGAAGGAUUUGUGAUUGUGGCGAAGAGGAGGAGGAAGAAGCGACUUACCAACGAUGCAGCUGGGAUGUACCAUCAACCAUCGUCCGUUUGUGUAUGAUCUGAUAAGUGGGUUUGAUAAGGCUAACAAAAUAAAGUUUCUUGUGAAGCAGAGUAUACUCUCAUCUCUUUUGGUUUAUUGGAUUUCUUUUCGGGACUGGAUGGUUCUGUUCUUUAUGUAUGAUGCACUUUAGACCUGUUGUGUUGUAAAAUUUUCGCACGUUUUCCC